ACCGCCACCCGGCGCCAUUGCGGGAGUGGUGCCGAGCCGGAGUGAGGCGCCCGCCGCGCUGCCAGUCCGGACCAUGGCCACCGACUCGUGGGCCCUGGCGGUGGACGAGCAGGAAGCGGCCGCCGAGUCGUUGAGCAACCUGCACCUGAAGGAGGAGAAAACCAAACCAGAUUCCAAUGGUGCUGUUGUCAAAGCAGAUGACAACGCAGAGAAAACAGAGGAUGAGGAAAAAGAGGACAGAGCUGCCCAGUCCUUGUUAAACAAGCUUAUCCGCAGUAACCUGGUUGACACAACAAACCAAGUGGAGGUACUGCAGAGAGAUCCCACGUCACCUCUCUACUCAGUGAAGUCUUUUGAGGAGCUGCGACUGAAACCCCAGCUCCUGCAAGGAGUUUAUGCCAUGGGCUUCAACCGACCAUCUAAAAUUCAGGAGAAUGCUCUGCCCAUGAUGCUUGCUGAACCCCCACAGAACCUGAUUGCCCAGUCUCAGUCUGGUACUGGUAAGACAGCUGCCUUUGUCUUGGCCAUGCUCAGCAGAGUUGAACCUGGGAACAAGUACCCACAGUGUUUGUGCCUUUCCCCAACAUACGAGCUGGCACUUCAAACAGGAAAAGUGAUUGAACAGAUGGGAAAGUUUUAUCCAGAGCUGAAACUUGCAUAUGCUGUCCGAGGCAAUAAAUUGGAGAGAGGUCAGAAGAUCUCUGAGCAGAUUGUAAUUGGCACUCCUGGCACUGUCCUGGACUGGUGCUCCAAGCUGAAAUUCAUAGACCCCAAGAAGAUCAAAGUGUUUGUUUUAGAUGAAGCAGAUGUGAUGAUAGCAACCCAGGGUCAUCAAGAUCAGAGCAUUCGCAUUCAGAGAAUGCUCCCCAGAGAUUGCCAGAUGCUUCUAUUUUCCGCCACUUUUGAAGAUUCAGUGUGGAAAUUUGCUCAGAAAGUUGUUCCUGACCCAAACAUCAUCAAACUGAAGCGAGAGGAGGAGACGCUGGACACCAUUAAGCAAUACUACGUUAUGUGUAACAACCGAGAUGAGAAGUUCCAGGCUCUCUGUAAUAUCUAUGGAGCCAUCACCAUUGCGCAGGCCAUGAUUUUCUGUCACACUCGUAAAACAGCUGCCUGGCUGGCAGCAGAGCUGUCAAAAGAAGGUCACCAGGUGGCAUUGCUGAGCGGCGAGAUGAUGGUGGAACAAAGAGCCGCAGUUAUAGAACGUUUCCGAGAGGGCAAAGAGAAAGUGCUGGUGACAACAAACGUCUGUGCCAGAGGGAUUGAUGUGGAACAAGUGUCUGUUGUUAUCAACUUUGAUCUUCCUGUGGAUAAAGAUGGAAACCCAGAUAAUGAGACGUAUCUGCAUCGGAUUGGUCGUACAGGUCGUUUUGGCAAACGAGGACUCGCUAUUAACAUGGUAGACAGCAAGCACAGCAUGAAUAUCCUCAACAGGAUCCAAGAACAUUUCAACAAAAAGAUAGAAAAAUUGGAUACUGACGACUUGGAUGAAAUAGAGAAAAUAGCCAACUGAAACGCAGCUGUUGGAACUGGUAUACACUCUGCUGUGGUAGCUCUCCCACUAAAAUUGGAUCAGCGUUCAGAUUGGCACACCUUUCGGCCAGUCACGAAAAGGACUCUUAAGAUAUGAAUACACAGAAAUUACCUCAUUUUAACAAUUGCAGUUGGACUUAAAAUUGUGCAACUAUGGGAAGGAAGAGGAAAUGUUUACAGAAGCUUUUAACAUUUCUUAGUUUAGCCUUAAAAUGGGAAGAUGUUUUAAAUUCUAUGAAGUACACUUGCCAAAAAGUGACCAAUAAGUAAAUAACUAGAAAGAAUAAAAUAAAAAUAAACUUUAUCAAUGUUAAUUGGGAUAUAACUUUUAUAACAUGACUAAAAAUGAUCUAUUAAAACUCAACAGCCAAAUAUAUGUGGACAUUGACUAAAAAAGGCAGCUGGUUUUUUUGUUUUUAGUCUCAAAAUGAAACUUGUACGAGAUAAGAUUUCUUUUUUUUCUUUUCUUGGCACUUACGAUUUUUAUCUGGCUUCCAGAUGGAGUUGCCUGCUUUUCCUUAAGUAGAUUGUCCAAAGGAUAUCUUCAUUAGUUCAUACUCUGAAACACUGGUGCCGUGUUGCUUUUGCUGGGCAGUAUUUUGUUUUACUUUGUUUCAGAAUGGCCACAAUUCAUAAAGCAGUGCAGUGAUGAAAGUGCUAAUUAACGAUUCUAGAAGUUCAAACAAUGCUUUUAACCUUGCCAAACCUAAUUUGGGUUCAGGUGGGGAUCAGUGGGGAGGGAGGGAUCAGCAGUGUAAAGGAACCUGUACAAAUGAAUUUCCCAAAUAAAUUCACCCCUACAAUUGUCAGUGUCUUUUGAUAGGGGAAUGGAAGUUACAGUUACCAUCAGGCAGGUGGUGCCAGUUUUAAAAUGCUGGUGUUGUCCAGACAGCUCCCCGUGAGGUCACAUGGAGCUGUUGGACUUUACCAAUCAAUAAUGCAAACAGAAAUAUUUAUCUGGUGAAAAAUCAUGACAGCUUGUAUUGACCAAAAAUACCCUUAUAUAGAACACCAAAUUUGCCUGUUAUAGUAUGUUUCAGUAUCAUAGUCUUGAGUUAAACCGCUCAGCCAAAAUACUCAUGGGAAGCACUCCACUUUCAUUGUGCUUUGUAUUUAAUAAAAAAAAAAGAAAGACAGACAUGUCAUCAGUCCCUACAAACCUUGCCCCUGAGGUGAUCCUUACCAGAGAUGGUUUUAUUGAGAACUUCUAUAUUUGGGCUUUCAGUUGUGUUUGGGACCACUUACUGUGCACAAAUGAAAAUGUGAGUUUUUGUUUCCCCCUCCCCCCCCCCAAGUUUCCCAGAGAAAUAGGCUCCUAAGCGUUAACUAUGUGGUGCACAGUUCUUUUGGGAAAAAUGGGACCUGCACAAGCAGCCAUCGUACUGCUACUCAGUACAGAAAUCGCUUCAAAAAGAAAUGUAUAAAUUGUAAAUUUAGCUCUGAAUUUUCAUUGCAAUUUUGGCCAUCAUAUUCUGUUCAAAGACAGGAACAUGGAUCCUUUUACCAAGUAAAAAAAGGCUCAUUUAAAAUGUACCUAAAAUUUUAGGAAAUUGUGCACCCUUUUAUCAAUUUGUAUAAAGGCUUUAGUGAAAAAAAAAUGUUAAAAUCUAAACUUUUUGUAUUCUGGGGUGUAUCUAUUUUUAUUCUGUUGGAAACCUAUUUAAAGUGGCAGGUGAGUGAGUGCUUGCGUGUCGAGUGGAAGACUUGUUCGAUCACCUACUUUAAUAAUACAGCUGAAUGACCUUUUGACAGCAGUACAUUGGGUUGAACUGUCAUGAACGCUGCUGCUGGUCCUGUGUGCUGUUUCUAAUGUACUUUUAAUUGGAAUAAAGAGCACAUACA